UGCUUUCUGGGAGCACGCGGCCUUCGGUCCCCGGUCUCUGCACUCCCUGCCGGUCUCCCGCCCGACCCGCGUCCGCGAUGCUGGCGCUGCGCCGCGGCCCCCGCCUGCUCGGCCUGCUCCCGGCCCGGUGCGCGGCGCCGCCGGGCCCAGCGGCCCGCGCCUACAGCAGCGACGGCGCCCGCGACUCGUCCUCUUCCGCCCCGGGGAACCCGCUCGUGUACCUGGACGUGGGCGCCGAUGGGCAGCCGCUCGGCCGCGUGGUGCUGGAGCUGAAGGCCGAUGUUGUCCCAAAGACAGCAGAGAACUUCCGGGCCCUGUGCACCGGGGAGAAGGGCUUCGGCUACAAGGGCUCCACGUUCCACAGAGUGAUCCCGUCCUUCAUGUGCCAGGCUGGCGACUUCACCAACCACAACGGCACAGGGGGCAAGUCCAUCUACGGAAGCCGCUUUCCUGAUGAGAACUUCACGCUGAAGCACGUGGGACCAGGUGUCCUGUCCAUGGCGAAUGCAGGCCCCAACACCAAUGGUUCCCAGUUCUUCAUUUGCACCAUAAAGACAGACUGGCUGGACGGCAAGCACGUGGUGUUCGGCCACGUCAAAGAGGGCAUGGACGUCGUGAAGAAGAUCGAGUCCUUUGGCUCUCGGAGCGGGAAGACGUCCAAGAAGAUCGUCAUCACGGACUGCGGCCAGCUGAGCUAACCCGCAGCCCGGGCACCGGGCGGCAGCGGCCACAGCCACGGGGGCCUGGACUCCCAGGUGGGCGGGGUGCCUGUGCUGGCUCCGCUGGUCGCAGAAGAAGCCGCUCAGGAUACCGGCCUGCCUCACUGGGGCCCAGCGUCCACCCUUCCUCGGGACGCUGUGUCAGCCCCGCCCUGCCAGCGCCCACCUGCCCAUCUGUGCCUAGGGGCCCAGGCGGAGGUGACGGGGUAGGGUGCAGCCAACACGCCCGCCUUUUCCUCCAGCCGCAGGGGACAGCCAGUUACUGCAAAUGACCGGAAUACUUGCUCCGUGCCAUCUUCCCCGUUGGAACGGUUUAAUUAACGGGACUGUGAGAAAUGAAGCUGUGACACUGCUCCAGGGAUCCGGCGCCAGUGGCCCUGGCCACGGGACCCCAGAACUUGGCUUUGGAAGCACAACUCAGGGCUUUUGUGAAGACCCCCACGGCCGGGCCCCCUCCCCCAUUACUGUGAAUCCCACUGGUCCGCUGCUGUCUCUUUUGAGGAGGGCCCGUGGGCAUAGCAGCAGCCGAGCCCGGAGCAAACCUGCAGGCUGUGCCCGGUGUGUGUGGAUUCGGCGUGUGCGUGCCCCGUGCUCCGGGGGAGGGUGUCUCCUGGCCGGCUGCGACGUCUCUGUGUGUGUUGAAUAAAUGAAAUCCACUGAUGAUGUUUAUGCCA